UCUUUGUCUGCUGUUCGAUUAUCAACUUGUUGAUUCCUUUUUUUGGAAUUUUGUUCUUAAUUAUUGUUUGUGUUUUUGUUUUUUGCUGUUGUUAAUUAAUUGUUUAAGCUUUAGAAAAAAAUGUCCAGAAACGAAGAUACGCCAAUUGUAAUCCAACAGCAACAGACGCGUCGCAGCAAUUAUGGCACAGCCCCCUCCUUUCACUUGCUGGAGCAGGGUAAUGGUAAUGGUAAUGGCAGUGGCAAUGGUGUUGGUGCCGGAGCUGGAGCUGGAGAUGGAGCUGGUGCCGCCAACAACAACAAUCCCUCGACACCCUCAACACUAUCACAAAUUUUCUGUUUACAUGGACGUUCCAACAACAUUGAAGUUCGCGAUCAUUGUCAUCGAGCCCGUAGCGAGGGUGUUGAUGUGAAGGCUCGUCGCAAAUUGAUCAUAGCCAGCAUUUUGUGUUUGGUUUUUAUGAUAGCAGAAAUUGUGGGUGGCUACCUAUCGAACAGCCUGGCCAUAGCAACAGAUGCCGCACAUUUGCUAACCGAUUUCGCCAGUUUCAUGAUCUCAUUGUUUGCCAUCUGGAUUGCUGGACGACCAUCUACGCAACGGAUGUCGUUCGGAUGGUACCGUGCGGAGGUAAUUGGAGCCAUGGCCUCUGUAUUCAUGAUUUGGGUCAUUACUGGCAUACUUGUCUGGUUGGCAAUUGGACGUCUGAUUACAGGUGACUAUGAGGUCGACGCUAAGAUCAUGUUGAUCACAUCGGGUCUGGCAAUUUUGGUAAAUGUCAUCAUGGGCGUUCAGUUGCAGCAUGGCCAUUCCCAUGGUCUGGGUGGUGGGCAUGGUCACAGUCAUGGCGGCGGCAAUGGCAAGAAGAAGCAAAAGAAGACGAAAAACCAUGGCCAUGCCAAUGGUACAUCCACACCGUGUGCCUCUUCACCAAAUCUACGUCUUGAGGGUGGCGCCGCCUUUGCACCGGAGGAUGCUGAAUUGCCUGGCAGCGGAUUGCCCACAUAUUCGUAUCAGAAUGCCAAGCUAGUGGAUCCCAAUUUGGAUUUGGAAAUUGCAGCCGUAAUGGCUGAAACGGCACCGGGAAGCCAUCAUCAUGGGGGGCCAGCGGGUCGUGAGGCAGUCAAUAUGAAUGUGAGAGCCGCUCUUAUCCAUGUGAUUGGCGAUGUCGUCCAGAGUGUGGGCGUAUUUCUUGCGGCAGCUGUGAUAUACUUUUGGCCCGAAUAUGCAAUUGUGGAUCCCAUUUGCACGUUCGUAUUCUCCAUCAUUGUGCUCUUCACGACAUUUACCAUUAUGAAGGAUGCAUUGCUGGUCCUAAUGGAGGGGACGCCAAACUAUAUGCAUUAUGCGGAGGUGUUGCAGAUUUUCCAAAGCAUUGAAGGCGUUGAGCGUGUUCACAAUUUGCGGAUCUGGGCUCUGAGCAUUAAUAAAGUGGCGCUCUCUGCACAUUUGGCCAUUGCUGCCAAUGCCAAUCCUAAACAGAUUCUGGAUGCAGCCACCACGGCUGUGCACUUGCGUUACAAUUUCUUUGAGACAACUAUACAAAUUGAGGAUUACACGGCCCAAAUGGAGAGUUGCAUUCAAUGCAAUGUGCCAGAGAAAUAAAUAUAUACAUAAAUAUAUAUUAAUAGAAAGUAUAAGUAUAUAUACGUAUAUAUAUGUACGAUUUCAUUGUAAUUGUAUAAAAUAUUUUUGUAAUUGAAGUUCCAAUAUGAAAUACAAACAUUUUUCAGACUCGACCAGCGACAGGUCAG